AUGGCGGCGGCGGAGGCGGCGGCGCGGCGGGCGGUGGCGGAGCUGCCGCUGCUCAGGGCGCCGGCGGGGCCGCGGGACCGCGAGGGCUGGGCCGAGCGGCUGCGCGAGGAGUACCGGGCGCUCAUACAGUACGUGGAGAACAACAAACGAGCCGACAACGACUGGUUCCGCCUCGAGUCCAACCUCGAGGGCACCGGUGGGUGGUCCGGCAGGUGCUGGUACAUCCACGAGCUGCUCAGGUACGAGUUCGCCAUCGAGUUCGAGAUCCCAGUGACCUACCCUGGCAGCCCUGAAAUCGCCAUCCCCGAGCUGGAUGGGAAGACGGCCAAGAUGUACAGGGGGGGCAAGAUCUGCCUGAGUGACCACUUCAAACCCCUCUGGGCCAGGAACGUCCCCAAAUUCGGGUUGGCCCAUCUGAUGGCCCUGGGGCUGGGGCCCUGGCUGGCCGUGGAGAUCCCCGACCUCGUCGCCAAAGGCAUCAUCCAGCACAAGGACAAGUGACCAAGGAGGAA